AUGUCGGACGACAAGCCCACCCUCUACGAGAUUCUCUCGAUAUUUACGGCUAUCCCACCUCCCUCCCAUCCUAUUGAUCCAGUCUCAAAGGCACUCCCACAGUCUUCCGGCGCCGCCUUCCUGAAUGUAGGAAGAUUAAGGCUAGGGAUAGCAAUGGGAGCCGAGACAGCGACUACCUUGAUGGAAACAGAAGGGUCAGCUGAAGAAAUGGGCUGGAUUACUUAG